AUGCUCAUUUGUGGCAGUGGAAGUUUCGAUCAUCAAGUAGAAGAUGACCCUGAAACAUGGAGCCCUUGUUCUACACCGAAGAGAUCUAAAAAGGGCACAAGUUUUUUCAGAAACAAAAGCAAGAACCCUUAUGCAGAUCGUGGCUUGGACAAAUUUUAUGCACUUUUGGCUGAUCUUGAUGAGAAGAGACAGGAGAUUUACACACGAAAUGGCUCAGAAGAUAUUUCCUUUGUUCGGUUUGUGUACUCGAAUUCGAAUGAUGUCAAGCCUAUUGUGGUUAAAGUGAAGGAGAAAAAGCAAGAAAAACCCAAUAUUCCUGAUGUCAAAAUCCAACAGAAUACAUCAGAAGUUCCAUCAGACGAGCUGACAGUUGAAACCUUAAAGAUUCCGACAAGUGCUGAUCAGGUUUUGGAACCUAAUCCAAAGAGAAAGCAUAAGUACUCGGUAUGUAGAAACUUCAAGUGGCAAAAAUUAAGGCAACCCUAUUACUAUAUUCCGAUGAUUAUCAUUUUGAUUCUGAUUCUUCUUGCUGUUUAUGGACGAUCUUUCGCCAUACUUUGCACAUCUAUUGCGUGGUAUCUGACACCUACAAUAAAAGGAGAAGAGAGUUCAAGUUCAAGAAAACCCAAGAGGAAGAAGGAAUAUGAAGAAAAUUGA